AUGAAUCGGCAUCUCACCAACAUUGAGGAGCUUCAACGUCACCUGGCUCGACACGAGCAGGAAGUCGCACUCUGCAAAAGAGCCCUUGGCGAGAAUAUUGCUUGCGUCAACAAUGCCCCCCUCCACGUCAGCAACGCCAGCGGUACAACACUGGGCGUCGACGUUGGAGUGGAUGUCACACAUGGCCAAUCCAGCACGGGUCCCGUUGCGGAUCCUACCUUGUGUGCAAACGACUCCAGGUUGCCGGUCGGGCUGUAUCCCAAAGGGGUCCGUCCCCAGAAGAAGUCAUCCUCCAGUACUGCCAUGAGCCGGAGUGCUUCCACCAGCCGAUCGAGGAACGAGACAUUGCUGCCCUCUCACAGAACGGCAGCUUCCAUUCCCAACAUCACCUCGGACCACCGCACCAGCCUGCUGAAUCGACAACUUCCGAGUGUCCAAGAGGAUGGUACAGUCCCGGAGCUCGGCGUCGAUCCGGCCACCUACCUCGCUCGUGUAGACGCCAACGAACUAUCGUACAUGUCCUUGACCAGCACCGACCUGUCACCACGAGACAUUUACAGCAGCUUCAAUGGCCCUUCGGCGUGCCCUUCCAUGAUAUCGGCCACAUCAACCAUUGAGCUGACCCAGCCGAUGACGCGGGAAAACAGCUUUAUCGAUAGACCUCUGGAAAAUGCCACAUCGCCGCUUUACUCCUCGCGGCUCCUGCAGGGGCAUGACCUCAUUUCGAUGGGCCAUGAAGCAACUCUGGCUUGCGCGACGACCGGCAUGGUCGAUUUGGUUGAAGAACAGCCCAUCGGCGACCAGGAAUUUUUCGGCCUCGGUGCCGGCUUUGCUCAGCCCAUAUUACCGCAGACAUAUUCCGCCUCGCCCCCGGGCGUCGACGACGGCAAGUCUCUGCUCCUGGCCUCUUCCUCGACGCCCAUGGAGAAAUCGGCGUCCAACACCAGCGCCACGAGCGCACGGUCGACUGCAUCGAACGCCAGUCGACGCUUCCAGGAAGCCUGCAAGCGCGUGCGCCAGAACGGCAGCCGGAAUCUCAUCGCGCCCAAGCUGCAAAGGCCGAGCGGCAAAGCCCAAAGCGGCACCCCACCACCAACGACGAUCGGCCGGCACCCGUCGCCAAGAUCACCGUACCAACGGCCGAAGCACCCCCGAGUCUACUGCAAUCAGUGCGAUGACCACCCGGACGGCUUCAGGGGCGACCACGAGCUGCGACGACAUUUGAGCGCCAAGCACAUGGUGGCCGUAAAGAAGUUCAUCUGUCGUGACCCGGCAACGGUUGGCCUAAAGUCGCCCGUUCAAGUCCUAUACCCGCUCACCGAUUGCAGGUCAUGCGUCUCGAGGAAGCAGUACGGCGCCUACUACAAUGCCGCCGCUCAUCUUCGACGGACACAUUUCAAGCCAAAGGCUGUACGAGGAAAGAACAAGACGUCGGAGGAGAGACGGGGAGGCAAGGGCGGCGGCGACUGGCCGCCCAUGUCGGACCUGAGGAUGUGGUACGAAGAGGUCACCGUCGCCAGCGACUGGACAGCGCAGCAGAACCAGGUCGGGAACGACGUCGAGUACGAUAUGUUGGAGAGUGAACACGUGUGCCCGGGUGUUGGGAACGGCUCCAUCUCGUAUGCGACCAAUGACGCCUUUGGCACGGCCAUGAUGGACCCCUUUGAACGCCGGAUGCACGAUGUAGCAGGCGCCAUGAGCGUGACUACCGGAGUGGCAACCGGCUAUUCACAGUUUCAGGGUAUGGAUUACAUGAAUGAAGCAGCGCCGGAGUAUCCUGCCGUUUCUCGAGGAAGCCACUCUCCCUUUCUCGCACACCUGACGGCAGCCACGACUGCGCCAAUGCCGCAUUACGACGCCGAUGUCAUUGCCGAAACCAUCAUGUGGCCGAUGGAGGAUUGCUAG